UUGGUUUGUGAUAGCUGAUGUCAUCACGGUGCAAGGAGGGAAGCGCUCAGCAGCGAUUCUUAUCAGAGGCAGAAAUAAACACCCUUCUGCUACGCAACCUGCAGCAAGAUGUUGGGGCCAGUGGUUUUAUUUUCCUGUCUGCUCUCUCUGACAGCAGCGGGUACUGAAGUGGGUCUUGGUGGUAAAGUGCUUCUGUUCCCGUACGAGACUGAUUUCAGCUUUGUUAAACUCACACCUAAAAAGCCACUGGGUCUUUCAGCAUUCACCCUCUGCAUGCGCGUCGCGACGGAGCUCCAGGGCGAGCGGCAGGUCAUUCUGUUUGCCUACCGCACGCCCGACUUCGACGAGCUCAACGUCUGGAGAGAGAAAGAUGGCCGUGUGUCCUUCUAUCUCAGUGGCGACGGAGCUUUUUUCCACCUGCCUCCUCUCUCCACCUUCCGGACUCACAUGUGCCUCACCUGGUCCUCGCACACCGGGCUCACGGCCUUCUGGGUGGACGGACGCCGCAGCGCGUUUCAGCUGUAUAAACCGGGUCACAGCAUCCGUCCGCAGGGCACCACUCUGCUCGGCCAGGACGCAGAUAAACACCUGGGGGACUUCGAGACGGUGCAGAGUUUUGCCGGCGAGCUCACAGACCUGAACAUGUGGGACUACGUCCUCACCGGAAACCAGAUUAAAGCGCUGUAUUUUAACCAGGCGCAGCGCGUGCCGAAGGGAAACGUGUUUGAUUGGAACACCAUUGAAUAUGAAAUUAAGGGAAACGUGCUAGUCGUGCAGGAUGAUUGAUUAUAGUAUUUAGCCUGUGUUCAUAUUCUAUCGUUUUCUGCAUGCUAAUAUUUCAGCAUCACAAAAUAGACUAGUUUGUGGAUUUGAAAACUUUUUUUUGUUCAUUUAAAGGUUCAGUGUGUAAAUUUUAGCAGCAUCUAGCGGUGAGGUUGCGAAUUGCAACCAACGGCUCAGUCCACCGCUCACCCCUCCCUUUCGAAGCACAUAGAGAAUCUAUGGUGGCUGUCUGAGACAGCAGAAAGUAGCCAGUCAAGCAAACAAACACGCUCUGUAGAGCAGUUUGUCCAUUUAGGGCUACUGUAGAAACAUGGCGGCGCAAAAUGGCGACGCAAAAUGGUUACUUCCCAUGUAAGGGGACCCACGGUGUAUGUAGAUAGAAAUGGCUCAUUCUAAGGUAAUAAAAACAUAAUGGUUCAUUAUGUAAGUUCUUUAUACACCAAUGAAAACAUAGUUAUGUAUAUUAUAUUGCAUUUCUGUCAAUUGAUCUUCCUAAAUAUUACACACUGGACCUUUAAUUUUAUCAUUUAGUGAGUAAAUCGAUGGCUGAUAAAUGUUAAUGAUUAAAAGUGAAAUAAUAGUUUAAGUCAUAACUCAUAAGAUCAUUAAGCAUACUGUAGGCCUACUUAUAAUAUUGAUGAUAUCAUAUCACAGUAACAGUUUGCAUUAUUCUUACCUGCUCAGAUAACCGACACUCUUAUCAGUCAAUUUAGUAACUAAAGCAUCUGCUAAGAGCUUUAAUUAAAUGUAGAUCAUGAAACAGUUUGCUUAUGUCAAAAUAGUGAUGUAAUAAAUUAUAUGUUUGUCACUGUG